AACCUGUUCAAAAAGAAGGAAAAGUGUUGAAAACAUUACAGGAUUUUUGUUUGAAAUGUACAUGUCACGAACUUUGUGAUCACAAGACAAUUGCUAUCGUGAAGUACCAUGACAAGUGGUGUUUCUGGAGGGAAGAAACCCACACUAUGCCGAUAUUUUAUGAAUACAGGUUCAUGCAUUUAUGGUGAUGAGUGUCAAUUUUUUCACCAAAAUCCAAGAUCUGGUGUAGGGUUUCAAAAGCCAUUUGCGAACGGUCCUUCAUCAUCUUCACAGGAAAAUCAAGCAGGACCUUUCGAUAUGAUGGGAAAUAAUGGAGAUCAGUAUUUUAAUGCCACAUUUGAACCUGAAAAUGGUGGAGCUGAUUUCAUCCCAUUUCCAGUAAGAGACCGAGUGUACCUAAUAAUAACACAUUCACGUCCUAUUUCAAGAACACACAGAAACAUGGGCAAUCCUAUGCCUCCUCAAGGCAUGAAACCACCCUUUGGCCCCCCACCACAAGGGCCCCCUGGCCACCCAGGACCUCCAGGCCCUCCAGGACCUCCAGGCCCUAAGAUGGAAGGCCAAAUGCAGAGGCCUGAUGGUUCUGGUCAUGGAAUGGAGAGGCCCAAUCAAAUGAUGGAUGGGUAUGGUCCUAGAAUGAAUGGACCAGUAUCUAUGAUGGACAACCCUAACCCUAAUGGGGGUCCCCCUAGGGCAGGCCCAAGGAUGGAUUCCAUGGCUACCGAUUUUGCUGCACUUAAUCUGUCAAUUCCAAGUUCCAAGGGACCAAAUCCAAUUGCGAAUGAAUUCAUUCCUAAGAAUGGACCUCUAACUCAUAGUGCUAGUUCUCCAAACUUCUCAACAUUUUCUGAUGGCAUGGCUACGGAUGGCUCUGGAAACAGUCACAUGAUGAACAACCCUGCCGUGAAUCACAUGUCACAGCUUGGUGGACCGAUGGGUAUGCCUCCCCCUGGCGGCCCAAUGAUGCCUCCUCAUAGUGGUGCUCAGAUGUCCAAUACACCUCCCCCCACACAUCUGUCCACCACAGGGUACACAGCCAGUCCGAACCAUAGCCCGCAUUUAUCUCCCUCCAACUCUCCACUGAUGUUACGUCGCACAGCAUCACCCAUCACUCCACUGAAAAAUACAACGCCUAAAAAGUCAGCAAAUACCACCAUACAGGAAAAUGUGGGUGGUACAACAUACUUCUACUCUCCUGAAGAUUUUACCCCACAGCAUGAAGGAGCUGCUCUGCCAAACUUUUCUGUGUUUCCAAGUCUCCCACCUCAUAUUGCCCAUAUGACAGUGAAGAAGAAUAUGCCACAAUUCUUCAUGCCUGAUGAACUGAGAGUGGAAAUCCUGAAUCGUCAUGCCUUGACAAUGGCCCAGAUUGAUACUAGUGCAAAUCCAGAUAUCCCUGUGGAGGUAGAUACCUACCACAACCUAUUUCCACUGGAGCCUCCUCCCAGCAAUCCAAUGCAGAAGUCCAAUAGGUUUAGCUACCCCACCACCUGCUACAAGGCUGUGAACACCAAGGACGGUCUCACCUACUGCCUGAGGAGAGUACAUGGGUUCCGAUUGUCCAAUACUAAAUGUAUGAGUAUCAUCGACAUGUGGAAGAAGAUGUACCACCCUAACAUUGUACAAUUGAGGGAAGUCUUCACCACCAAGGCCUUCGGAGACAAUUCUAUAGUCUUUGUGUAUGACUACUACGCCGGAGCAGAGACUUUGAUGGCUCACCACUUCCACAAUUCUGGCGCCAUGAACAGCUAUCACGGUAGCAUGGAUGGAUCUUCACGUUCGUUCAACCCUAGUCAUGGAGGAGGCGCAGGUGGAGGCACGGGCGGUAAAGGAAAUGUGAAUGGUCCACGGCAGCAUGCUGGUCUGCUUCCUGAGAGCCUCAUCUGGGCUUAUGUGGUGCAGCUUAGCUCUGCACUCAGGGCAAUACAUGCCGCUGGCCUAGCCUGCAGGACUAUGGACCCAACAAAGAUCAUUAUCUAUGGCAAGUCCAGGUUACGGCUCAACUGUGUUGGUAUUCUAGAUGUUCUCACCUUCGACAGCACCAAUGGCAAUCCCAUGGCCGUGAUGCCUCAUUAUCAGCAAGAUGACUUACUGUUUAUGGGGCGUGUAGUAUUGGCACUGGCCUGUAAUACAGUGAUGGCCAUUCAGAGAGACAGCUUCCAAAAUUCCAUGGAACUCAUCGCCAGAAACUACUCAGCAGAUCUGAAGAAUCUCUUCUUGUAUUUACUGGCCAAUCAGACCAGGCCAAGGAGCAUCAAUGAUAUCAUGCCGAUGAUCGGGGCAAGGUUCUACACUCAGCUCGACUCAGCCCAGCUCAGGAGUGAUGUGAUAGAGACCGAGCUGGCCAAGGAGGUAGAGAAUGGCCGAGUGCUACGACUUAUCUCCAAGUUUGGGAUUAUCAACGAACGACCAGAAUUCAACAUGGAUCCUCAGUGGUCGGAAACGGGUGAUAGGUACAUGUUGAAACUGUUCCGAGAUUACCUGUUCCAUCAGGUGGAUGAGAAUGGGGCCCCUUGGAUUGACAUGGCUCACAUCCUACAGUGCUUAAACAAGUUGGAUGCUGGCGUACCAGAGAAGAUCUGUCUUAUGUCUCGUGAUGAACACAGUGUGCUAGUGGUUUCAUACGCAGAACUCAAACAGAAUUUUGAGCAGUCGUUUAAUGAUCUCUUGUCAGUGCGUCACCAGAAUGGGGCAUACUCUUAGUGAUGAUAGUGAGUCUACCAUUGUAGCUGUUAAUGGAUGUUAACUGGAACAUGAAGUUAUGGAACAAGUAUUUCAAGUUUGUGAGUGCAUAUCUGAACUUAAACAGCGAUGAAGUGUGACUCUACGACGGCUGAUGUACAGCGAUGAAGUGUGACUCUACGAAGGCUGAGUACAGCGAUGAACUGUGACUCUACGAAGGCUGAUGUAAUAGGAGCUUUGAACUGACAGUGAUGUUUCUAAUCACACUAAGGGGAGGGAACUCCUUUAUAUUAUGAGAAAAGCUCUGUCCUUAUGCCUAAGGCAGCAAAUGUGGCAUUUGUUCCAAUAUUGUUUUGAUUGGGAAAUGCAUUUUCUUUUUGAAUGGAAAUAAUUAAUAUGUACAUUUUUAUGAUCGUAUAUAUAAAUUGAACUGUUUUUGUUUCAAUAGUAUUGUAUUGUAAGAUUGAUAUUCAAUUUUAUGGACAAAGUUGGUAAAAAUAGUGUGUAUAGGAUUGUACAAUAUUUGUUUUGCAUGCUGAUCCCAAGUACAGGGUUGUCCUUGUGUUGGGGGCCCCAACAUAUGUAGGGGGCUGACCCUGAGGAGGGGGGCAGAACAUGUGUAGGGGGCUGACCCUGAGGAGGGGGCAGAACAUGUGUAGGGGGCUUGCUCUGAGGAGAGGACAGAGCGUGUAGGGCUGUCCCUGUGUUUGGGACCGACCCUGUGUAGGAGGGAUCUGUGUUGGGCUGUCCCUGUGUUUGAGGCCGGACAUGUUUUGGGGCCGACCCUGUAUAGGGAACUGAUAAUUGACGGACAAUGAACUUACACCUUCCUGAUCUGUAACAGGCAGGGCUUGUUGAAGUAGGUAACAAGGGCAUAUUUUUGUAUGUUCAGAUUUGUUGAUACCUCUGAUGAAUUUUAAAAGUGACCUUUCCUCUUUGUUGAUAUAAAUUUUUAUAUGGCCAUUUUCAGUGUACACUAGAUUCUAAAAUGCUUUGGAAUGAAGAAAGGUUUAUGAUUUUGUAUCCCACAUUCUUCAGCAAUAACAACACGAAUAUAUCAAGAAGUCAAUUUUUGCAGCCAAAUCAUGUCGCCAUGAAAAUUAUUUAAUGGUAUGGAGCUGUUGUUUAUUGAAUAUAUAUUGAAUUCUGUGAAAUACUGGCAUUCCAUUAGCAUCAGCAUCUGCUCAGUGCUCAUAAUAUAUUAACCACUCCUUCCUAGCAUAAAUUCCAUGUAACAUUUUUGGAGGCAUCUCAUAAACAACAUUAUGUGUAAAUGACUGCAAGUAGGACAAGAUGAAGAUCUCACAUGAAUCAAAUGUACCACAAUAGCAUUAGUUCUUCAGCAAUGUCUCGCAGCACUGCAGGACAUCUAUAUGGUAUCUAGCCAGCAAAUAUCAGUAUACCCACAGAGUGUUAGACUAACAAGGAGGUCGAGUUUUACAGAAUUCCAGGCACAUGUAGGUCAGGUCAUAAAACGACGUUAUCCACAGAGGGUAUGAAGUGUCAGGAAAUGAAUUGAUGGAUCUCUGUUGGGGAUAUAACAUUGUGUCUACAGAAAGAACGCUUAAAGUCUUAAACAUUUUCUACAUGACCCUUUUGUCUGAUAUUGUCAAUCACAGUGCAUCAGUUACUUAAUUUAAAUCACAUAUAGGUUUCCUUCAUGAUAAAUCUCCAUGUUAUGAUUGGGUGCCUGACUAUCAUAUAUAGGUCUUUAUAAUGAUUGUGUUAUUGCUAAUGAAAAGUCCUCAAAACAUAACUGGUACUUUUUAUAUAGUCAGAAGUUAUUGGUUUCUUAAAUGAUUCUGUAUGUUAAUUUCCAUUUAUAUUCAGCAAUUUUUAAUAAAUAUAUGGUUUCAGUAGUAUAUGAUACAUACUUAAUAGUUUAAUUCAACAGGACAUCGUUAAUUUAGAUAAUUAUCUCCCUUCAACAAGUACAGUUCUAUGGGACAGGCUAUACUAACGAUCUCAGUUUACCAUAUCAAUGCCAUAACAGGUAUGCCUGAUAAACAGUGUUAGAUUGCGUUUUUGUUGUGGUGAUCUAUUAACUGCAAAUGCUCAAAAUCCAUAGAAGUUGUUUCCUUUGCCGAGAGUCAAAGUUGAUUGCAUAACAAGUUUCUAGCGGGAUAAGAAUAUUUCUUUUGUUUUCUUUUUGGUUGCUUUUUUGGAAGAAUCCUACAACAUGAUAGAUUUCAUGUUGAGAUUUUAUUCUCUAAUGAAAAUAUCAUUAUGGUUACAAUUCACUGCUUACUGACAAAAUGCUUUUUUUUUGUGAAAUGCUUACAAAAAUCUUGCCACUAGUAUGCAUGGAAAUUGUUCUUCAUCAUCAAAAUGACAUGAAAAUAUUUUUUGUCAUUGGAGUUACUUGUACUCACAUACCACAUACUUGAUACUGUUGAUAGAAAUCAGCAUCAGCCAGAGUGAUACCUACUGUCUUCAUCUAUCAUUUUAGAGAAAUUGUGAAAAUGAUCUAUUGUUUACUGAUUUCAGUAGAUGUUUACACAAUAUCAAAAUGUUGAUAUGUCACAAAGUUUGAUUGAAAUCAGAAUUGUUUUAAUUAUCUCUAAUCAUCUAUCUAUCAUAACUAAUUAAAGAAAAAAAUGCUUGAAAUAGGAAUUUUAACUUUUAAAAAAUGACGUAGGACUUAUGGUUCACAACACUUGUUGAUCAAGUAUUCAUUUCUGACUGACAUAUGUAAAAACAUGCCGGAUGUAUAGGGGAAUAGUCCGGCUAGGGAAUGUACAAAUAAAGCUAUAGGAGAUUGGUAGAUAGUGGUGAGGAACUGAGAAAAACACUCUGUGAUGAUUUUGUUUUAAUAUUAUUUACCACUAUUACUGAAUGUACAUAUUCAUAUUUUAAUGUUAUUUCAAGUAAAAGUUUUAAGAAAACUGACUAAAGGAUAUCUUGGCCACUUGAUGUCCUAAAUCAUUAUUAGAGACUACGGUAGUUGAACAAACAUGACAUCACAAUGUUUAUCAGUGUCUGGAUUAGUACAUGUCUCAACAAGAUGUAUUUGUUGAUGUGUAAACUUUUUUUAUGUGUAUAUGAUAUCUGUUAAUGCUGAGAUGGGUUAGGAUUGUGUUGUUAACUAGACCUGGUUAUCCACUAGAUGGCUGUCCACUGAACAGCAAAAGUAUGGGAUAGUGAACUAUUUAACGACUCCGUAGCCGCCAAAUGAUUGGCAGGCAUGGAUUAUAAAUGUUAUUCACAAUGAUGACAUAUUAAAUCACUUUGUUUUAAACAAUGGAAUGUGGCUGUUUGUUGACUCAGUAUUGAUAAAAUACUGAGCAUCUUAAAGCUUCCAGGUAUCUAAAUCUCCUCUAAUUCUUACCAAUGCUUAUUUGUAUGUCAUUAUAACUUUAGUAGAAUGCUAUUCCAAACAUACAAACACAUUUUAUGAAGUUUUAUGAAACUCCAUGUUAAUUUAGAUGACAAAUUACUUGUUAGAGUUACAAUGUAACAAUUUUGAACAGUAUUCUUUCUGUUCUCGAACCUCUAUGUCUACUUAGCGUUUGUGAACCGAUAAAGGACACUGGUGAUGUUGUAUACAUGUAGUAUUUGUGAAGAAGGGGAUGGGCUGGUCUAUGAGGACUGACAGGAUAUUUGUGAUGUUGUAAUACUACAUAUUAUGUAUACCAGUAUGUAGUAUUUGUGAAGGAGGGGUGGGGCUGGUCUAUGAGGACAGGGAAUUCUAUAUAAUAACUACUUAGGUUGUUGUACACUGCUCUUCUAUAUUUGUAUGGAUAUAUAUCAGUAGUAUACUGAAAAUGGUCAAAAUUUGCUAACGAGUUAUAUGAUCACGAUGGAACGAGUUAGUAAAUGAUCACAAUGAAAUAAAUUAGUGAGAUAAAAGUGAGAUUGAAGUUCUGAUUGAUGUAUUACUGUUUAUUUGUCAAAUGUUGGGAGUUUUAGUAGUGGGGGAGGGGGGG